GUCAACUGGCGUAGCUUGUCGAGCAUAUCAGUUCUUGGAAUGUUACCACAUAUCGGGGAGGGUCCCAUGAAAUAAAAAGGUUUCGGCCGGUCGUAAACAUUACAGAAUAUUGUUCGUACGAGCCGCAUUGAUUUAAAUGGUUCACAAAUUUCAACUGCCGCACACUGUCGCUAGUCGGGAAGUCGACGUAUCACGUGUGGAGUAUGAGUGCAUAACUUUGACCCGUACCAAUUGUAUUCAGCACGCUUCAGAUGAAUGAAGAUUAAUGUUUUGACUCUGAAGUAUGAGCAAGAGUCAUGACAGCAGUGAUUUUCAACCUCCGGGAAGUUCAGUGCAUGGAAAUUUUCGUCCAUCCGGAGGUGUGUCGCUCUUUGGGGCAAAUCGUGGACUUUUGGGCGAAAUGAAGGCUCGAUUACGUGGCGAUCCAAAUGAUGGAUCAGAUACCGAUACACUUUCCAACCCACCCACAUCCACUUCCCCGCCCAGCAGAAUAAAUUUUGGCAACAGAGUUUCACCAAAAAAUGAAAACUCCCCCUCUCCUCCAAAAAGCUCCUCGAAAGGCGGAACAUCUCCAAGCUCUGCGUCACAUAUAGACCAUCGAUCCCCAAGCAUGAAAUUACCCCCAAGCCGGCGUAACCCAUCAAACAAUCCAGAAGUGGAGGCACAGCAACGAACCCCAAAGAGAAUACAAUCGAUGUAUGUGAAUAAUCCACACGUUCGACUCGGCGAAAAUCGCGCUCGAAGGCCCCGCACUAGACCACCAACCGUCCACUUGAUGCCCAAUGUGCCUUUUCCAAAUGAAGAUGACAAAGUUCACCGGGAUACAAACGAGGAAAAGAUACUAAGCGAGUUUUUCAGUACUCAGCACGAAACAGAAAAUCCACGCUGAAUGUCCUGGAAACUUCCAAGACUACACACUAACCACAGAAUAACUCCCAUCUGUUUCAAGCUCAUGCUGGUUUCAAGAUUAUAAUUUAUAUCUCACCCCUCCUCCUACAGACCUUGCACGUUGUAUUUUUUCAUAGAUUUUCACCAACCGAUUUGAUCACGCAUUGUCUCGUUUUCUAACAUGCCUAACCG